CUUGCCCAUGAGCCUUUGCGAUUCCUCUUUCCUAGCCGGCGCCUGAGAAUGGGUAUCUCAAGGGACAAUUGGCAUAAACGCCGCAAGACCGGCGGUAAACGCAAGCCCGUCCACAAAAAGAGGAAAUAUGAGCUCGGGCGUCCUGCCGCAAAUACCAAGAUCGGAGCUCGCCGCAUCCACACAGUGAGAGUCCGUGGUGGGAACAAGAAAUACCGUGCCCUCAGAUUGGAUGUUGGCAAUUUCUCAUGGGGCUCAGAGUGCUGCACUCGCAAGACUAGGAUCAUUGAUGUGGUGUACAACGCCUCCAACAACGAGCUGGUGAGAACCAAGACCUUGGUGAAGAACUGCAUAGUCCUCGUUGACAGCACUCCCUACAGGCAGUGGUACGAGUCUCACUAUGCAACUCCCCUCGGACGCAAGAAGGGAGCUAAACUGACCCCUGAGGAGGAGGAAAUCCUCAACAAGAAAAGGUCGAAGAAGAUCCAGAAGAAAUUUGAUGAACGCAGAAAGAACAGCAAGAUCAGCCCCCUGUUGGAAGACCAGUUCCUGCAGGGCAAACUGCUUGCUUGCAUUGCCUCAAAACCUGGCCAGUGUGGAAGGGCUGAUGGCUACAUCCUGGAGGGUAAAGAACUGGAGUUCUACCUGAGGAAGAUUAAGGCCAAGAAAGGCAAAUAAAUGUACAGCUCUGUUUGAUACUACGAUCAUUAAAGAAGAAAGCCCCCCAA